AUGAAGCUCACCUUCAAGGAUCUCAAGCAGGAGAAAUUUGUCAUCGAGGCUGAUCCCUCUGAGACGGUGCGCCAAGUCAAGGGAAAAAUUGCUCAGGAGAAAAGCGGAUAUGAUGCAGAGCGGAUGAAAGUGAUCUACUCUGGCAAGAUUCUUCAGGAUGACAACACGGUCGAAUCCUACAACAUCCAAGAGAAGGACUUUCUAGUCUGCCUGCCUGGCAAGCAAACCAAGGCCGCUCCCUCCGCUGCUGCAACUUCCUCUCAGCCCCCCUCCACCCCGGCUGCCCGAGCUCCCGCAUCGACCCCCGCUGCCCCUCCAGCUCCCGCACCUGCCUCUGCAGCCCCUGCAGCCCCUGCGACUCCGUCUCCGGCUGGUGGUGCGACGCAGGCUGGUGCUCAGGAUGCUGCCUUUGGGGACCCUUCUGCGUUGGCUAUGGGGUCUGCCGCCGAAGGGGCCGUUGCUCAGAUGGAGGCAAUGGGGUUUGCGAGAAGUGACAUUGACCGGGCCAUGCGAGCUGCAUUCUUCAACCCCGACCGUGCUAUCGAAUACCUGUUGACCGGCAUCCCCGACAAUGUCCAGCAAGAGCAGCAGCAACAACAGCAACAGCGUACUGCCCCCUCUGCCCCUGCCCCUGCCCCUGCCCCUGCCGCUGGUGGAGCUGCCCCCGCAACCGGCGAAGAUGAGCCCUUGAACCUUUUCGAGGCUGCUGCCCAGGCCGGUGAAGGUGGUGGUCGAGGAGCUCGUGGUGGAGGCGCGGGAGCGGCUGGUGGCGAGCCUCUGGCAAACCUCGAGUUCCUGCGCAACAACCCCCACUUCCAGCAGCUGCGGCAGCUGGUCCAACAGCAGCCCCACAUGCUCGAGCCCAUCCUCCAGCAGGUCGCCGCUGGGAACCCACAGAUUGCGCAGAUCAUCGGGCAGAACUCGGAUCAGUUCCUUCAGCUGUUGAGCGAGGAGUUGGAGGACGACGAGUCGGCAUUGCCGCCGGGCACGCAAGCCAUUUCGGUGACGGAGGAAGAGCGGGACGCGAUUGAACGGUUGUGCCGUCUGGGCUUCCCGCGGGAUUCGGUCAUCCAGGCAUACUUUGCCUGCGACAAGAACGAAGAGCUAGCGGCCAAUUUCCUCUUCGACCAGCCGGAUGACGAUGAGGAGUAA